UCGAUGAUUCCGUGCAGGAGACAGAGGACAUCAGCAGGGCGAGUGAGAGGCAUCCCAGCACUUACAGACUUCUUACGGCUGUCAGCUCCUCCUCCCGCCCUUCAAAACUGAAAUUUUUAGUCGACAUGCCUAACAGGGCUUCGCCAUCUGAGGGGGUGAUUGAACGUCGCCGGUUCACCACAGGUGUACUGGUAGGCGAUGACUUCGACUUGGAUCCAGUACGUGGCAGCUAUAAGGAUUUGCCGCCCCCUUCGGAAAGAGUCAAAUGCCGGAUUUAUUGGCUGGUGCUGCUAGAGUACAUAGAGACAAGACUGAGCUGGAUCGUAGUCGGCGCGGGCAUUCUCUGGGGAAUAGGCGGACCGGACCAGGAAGCAUGCAUUAUUUGCGUCAGCAUUUUCGCCAUUGAACUGACGUUGACACAGGCGUGGAAGGCUAUUCAGCAAAACUACACAGGUGGUGUGGGGUGUUGUUACAUAAUUUUGCAGUUCGUGGGGGACAAGAGUCGCUGUAAUAGCUAUCUGGCGGCGGUGUGGCUCUUGCGUGUGACGGGACUAGCAACGGGAGUGUUUGCUGGGAUGCUGGGUCGGCGCAUUUGGCGCCCGCAAUCGAGGGGAUUUGAUGACUCGUACGCCGUCUACUGUCUAGCCGCCCUUGGGCGGGUUCUUCUCUCCCUUAUCAUUCUCUUCCUCAAUUCUUUUCGUCUCACACGUUCGUCGUUAUUCUUAGGUUUCAAGAGCCUGCUUGCGAGCCUAGCACAGCAAGUAGGCUGUUGCGGAUCCGCUUCUCGAACGCCAAGCGCAUGGAAAGAGAACGGGGAGAACGUGAAUAGAUUGUUACCGGCCGUGGAUGUCGAGGAUCCAUUAACUCCCUUCUCUUAUUCGCAAGGUGUAAACAGAUUAUUAUCACCAUGCUUCGAGGAAGUGGAGGGUCUAUCCGCUCUAGUCUGGUAUUUUCAUUCCAGUAAACAUAUUGAAUUGCCUCCUUUGUGCGCCUAUCUAACAGAUCUGAGAUGCGGAGAGCCCGGUGAGAGCUGCGGACUGCCUGGACAUUGGUUCCUUGGACUGGAGGAGGUGCUCGAGCAGGCUUUAUGUGCGGAGGAGGCUGAGAGGGCUUUUCGACCAUUCGGCCAGGCCAAUCAACUGAGUACUAUGGAGCAGGAGAUGGGCUUGGAUGCACUGGGACAUUACGCCGAAAGGCGGGACCGGCCCGUUUGCGACUUGAUUGUCAGAAAGGGGUUGGGUGUGAUGGAGCUUUGCAGCAUCGCCACCACCCAUAAGUCCGUUGGAUGCCGAGAACGUGCGGCCAAGAUCCUAUCUUUCUUGUCAAACACUCUCACUACCGAGCGGAUGGAGGGCAAACCCGAUCCGUACGAUCCGUUCAAGGACAUGCCUGUCUCUUUCCAGGACAACGUGGGACUACAUAUGCUCAAUUGUUUAGCGAGCAAGGCCUCGCCUGAGCUCCAGGAGAAUGCUGCGGGCGCACUUUGCGGGGUCUCCGCGAGCUACGGCGUCUCACAAAGGCUGUUCUGCGGCGAACCGGGGAAAAUUCUGAUCGACCAGCUGGUCGACAUAGCAGCAGGCGAAGGAUUGACAGAUACCACCCGUUGGUACGCCUUGCGGGUCUUGGUCAUGGUUGCCGCUGGCGCCCUACCUUCCACCCAUUCAGAGGGCGAGGAGCCAGACUUCUACUUCAACCGUGUAGAAGAUGAAGUGUCCUGGAUGCUGCCCGCUCGGCGCGCUUUUCGAGAGUCAAGAGCACUUCCGCGGUUGGUCGACUUGGCUCUGUCUCACCGGGCCUCUCCAGCUUGCAAAUGGCAGUUAGCCCUUGUCUUCUUAUCUUAUGUACGGCUUGAAGCACCUCAUCUUUCCCCUUCUGAAGUCGGCGAGCUGACUCGUCUCCUUCAACUCCGAUUCGAACUACAGCCCCUCGCUGUAAUCCACGUCCUCAUGACACUCUGCGAUUCUUUGGUGUGCCACUUCUCAGGUGACCGAGUCCCCGACGAAGAACCCAACCGCAUCUCGGAGGUCGACGUCAUCCGCAGUCUGAUAACAAAGGAGGAAAGAAGGUUCUUCACCAACCUUGCUCGAUUCCAACUCUUCAUAUCCAGAGAAUUCGUGGCUAAGGAGCGCUCAUGGUUGAAAUUCAUCUCCAUCUUUCAGACGGACAAUGGGACUCUUCCAACGCUGCUCUGGGCCUCCCGGAGCCCUGCUAGACUGCUGUCUUAUCUCCUGACCAACCACUUCGACGUUCUAAGCAACGAGAUUGACGAGGUCUACGAGGACGACCACAGAACCUCUCGCUGCGCUAUAAUAGAGGACGUACGAUCACGGAAAGUGGCAGCUAUGUCGGUGAUAGCCUUGAGUUUGUCGGAGCUGAUUGUCCAGGAAGAAUCAAGGAAGACGAAGCUGAGUGCCUGCAUAGCUCUCACUCGGUUAGCAGCUUACAGAGGCAACUGUCUCCUCCGCGAUGUUGCCCUAGCCUGGAGAUAUCACCUCAGACACUCCGUUCACGACAUCAGUUUGGAAAACGAGCCGGAGUUUCGGAAGCUGCGGGACCUCCUCGGGAACUACUCGCCCAGCUUUCGACUCGAAUUGUGCGACACUGCGGGCAAUGACUCGUUAAAUUAAGUAAGGACGUCACUAGCAUCGC